AUGUCUGACUGCAGCAUUUCAUUGAUGUCACAAAGAGAUGGUUACUCCAACUACUCUGAGAUGGUGGGAAACCCUUCCCCCUCUUCCCUUCAAGAUUGGAUUAUUUUCCCAGUUCAUCUGGAAAUUGAAAUCCUUCUCAUUCCUACCACUGCCUGUUUUGUUGCUGCCUUUUUUGUGACACCCUCCAUUUUGUUUGCCAUUUUUUCCAACUUCAGCAUACGCCAAGAGACAAGGUUCUUACUCCUGGCCAAUGCUUUGAUUUGUGACCUAAUAUUCCUUCUUCUUUACACCGCCACUUGCAUUUGUAAUGUGAUGAGCCUGAAGAUACCCAAACUUGCCUGUACCUUUCUCCUCUUUUCCUUGGCUGUUACCUACUGUGGAGGAGUCCUCACUGCUGCCGGAAUGGUUGUAGAUACGUAUCUGGCUAUUCUGUGGCCCCUGCACUAUUUUUUGCUGCUCCCUCCAUCAAGAACUAAAAAGCUCAUUAUGUUAUUGUGGUUUUCCUCUUGCUUCUUCCCAGCAGUAUUAUUUUUGGUCUUGUACUUUACCCAGCAUCCUGGACCCUGCCAACCUGAUGUUUGUUCCUUGCCUCUAAUUUUGGUAAUGACAUUACACGCGGAUGAAACCAUUAGACUAUUUCAUAUUCUCUUUAUUACAUCCUUCCUUCUGUCCUUUGUGCUGAUACUUUGCUUCUACAUUGUUCUCUGUUUUAAAACAAGAGGAACUGGAAUCUUUAAAGGUGUCUCCUCCAGAGCUACAGUCACUUUUAUGAUGCAUCACAUCAUACUGGGUUUUUACCUUUUCCCACUUUUGCUCCUACUAGCAGAAUCAUUGUUAUAUAUUAAUAAUAGGAUCAGUUUUAGAACAGGAUUAUUGUUAACAUUUAUAAUCUGCAAUGUUUUGAUUGUUUUACCAAAAGGAGUCUCCCCAUACUUGUAUGGUUUCAGAUACAGAGAAAUAUAUAAAUCACUCAAGCUGUUUUGUAAAUUUAAACGACAUAGUUUCGUUGCACCAGCUAACAGUGAACUACUUCAAGUGCUGAUCCUCACCAGUAAUCAGUCGCUUUACGGCUACGCCAUCUUCAGGAUGCUGCAAGUACAGCACGACUACUUCACAGCGAUGGUGAAACACAAUGAUGGAGCUAAGCCACAUGUCCUGCCCCCAGACUUGUAUAGCCCGGACACCAUCGGCCUGACCACAGCACUAUCAUAUGGUGGUGGGGAUGCCGACCUGGGGUGGUCCGGGGAGGAGCCGCCUGUAGAUUCCCGGCCGACGGGACUUCCAGGAGAGCGGAGGUUAGCCGGCGCGGUUAUGGAACCGCCCGUCUACCUCGCGUCUCGUCCCGGCAGAACUUUGAACUGCUGCCGCUCAGGGUCCCUGCGAUUUGACAGGAUAUCCUCAGGCCCCCGAACUAUCUAUUGGUACCCCGUGAGCGCUGCCGCUCAUUCGGGAUCACCCCGAAAACGAUGGUUGAAAGCGCUUACAGUCCUAAUAACUCCUCCAUGGUCUGUGUUCCUUGUUCCUGUUCGCUGUGCCCUUCACCUCCUGACCUCCUCCCCAGUUAUUGAAUAUCUGGGUUUUGACCAUAGGCUUGUCGUGCCUUUGGCUUCAGUCAUUGAUUUUGAGUUUCUGGCUACUGACUCUGAUAUGUCUGAGACCACGUCCUGCUCCACCUUGUAUCUCUGGCUGUUGUCCUUGGUUUCUGUAAUUCCUGCCUGUGAACACACUUAUGAUCUACCAGACACCUCAGCUUACCUUCAUUGA